GGAGAGGAGGAGAGAGAGAUUUAAAGACUAGGAGAUGGUGGGGCUGGAGAAGAGAAGAGGAGAGGGGCAUAGAAAGGAAGACGGUGGGAAUGGAGAAGGGAAGAAUUUAAUGGGGAGACAUCCCCGAUUCCUUUCUUCAUUCCAUUUGGUAGGGUUUACUAACAUUUUCCCAGUAGGGAGUAGGCUCCUGGAACCUUGACGUUUCCUAUUUGUCUUUGAAGCACAUUGCCUAAGUCAAACCAACAAACAUUUAUUAAGUGCUUAGGAUGUGCCAAGGACUGUGUCCGGCAGGGAGUAGCCCCUUAAUAAAUUAUUUAUUGAAUAUACUAGAGAAUUUAGGGAGAUGGUAGACCUGGAGAGGGGAAGGAGACAUGCUAUCAAACGUUUAACAACCGGCUCUGAGGAGGAAAAAAAAAGAUUCAGGACAGGUUUAAUCCGCAUUAACAUUUUCGUCCUCACUUUCUUAAGACUAGAUAAUCAACUGAACAAAUAACUCCACCUCUUCUUUUGGGGGUUAUGCCCACACUGAAAAUUUAACAACAGGCUCGAGUAUACUAUUGGACUGGUUCCACUUCGGCCCAGAAGAGGGAAGGUGAGAGGGAAUUAGGGAACUAGAUGGUAGGGCUACAGAGGGGAACAUUAGGGUACGGAGUUUGGCUAGAAGGAAGCAGGCAGGCCAGUCUGAGCCGCUUCACUUGACUCCAACCGCUCGCUCUCCCCACAGCGGUCUCUGCACGCGGGGGCUGUGGCCUGGGAGGCGGGGCCCGCUCCCCAGAGCUCACGCCCCGCGCACUCUGCCUGGUCUGCCUGGUCCCGGCUGUUGCCCCUUCCCGGUGUCUUCAAAGGUCCCCAAGGAAGGAGCGUCGGAGUCCGCGCUCAGCCACUGUCCUAGCGGGUCCAGCGCGGCAGGUGCUAAAAGAGGACCGCGAAGUUCGGCGCUGGGUAGCCGUGGCUGCGGCGGCACUUGGAGCGCAGGAGCCAUAGCCGCUGCCGCCGCCGCUACUCAUCCCUCCUCAAGCCUGGGGGAGGCCUCGAGGGGACCCCGAGAGGUCCCGGGGGGUCGGGGCUAUGAGAUGAGGCUCAAGUCCUGGAGUUUGCUUGCCCUGCUGACGCUAGGCACCUUUCUCUCCCUCUCCUGGCUCACUGAAUGGGAACGUCGGAGAGGAAAUGCCAACAUUUCUGUAGAACAGAUUUUGAAGUUUCAUGAAAGACUGUCAUUUUUACAAGAAGAAAAUAAAAAAAGAUCUCUCCAGCUAUCGGAUGUCUUGAAUAAAAUCAAAUGUGCCUCUUCAGGAAGAACAGUUCCUGCCACAGAACUAAAAGAUAAUAUGAAUUCAAAAAACCUUGGAUUUUCCAGUGUAAACUUAAGUCAACUUAAUAGUCUUUACUACUAUCUACCUCAUCUAAGGGAUUAUGGAAACAAUAUUUAUCCAAAUAUAAUCUUUGGGAAAAAUAGAACAGGAGCCUCUGUGGUGAUGGGUGUUCCUACCAUAAAAAGAGAAAAAGAAAAUUAUCUGAUGGAAACACUGUAUUCUCUCUUCUCUCAAAUGAGCAAAUCAGAAGAAGCAGAAUCUCUUGUGAUUGUCUUUGUAGCUGAGAUUGAUGAAGCUUACGUUAAUACUCUUGCACAAAAGAUCAAAAAUAAAUUUCCCCAAAAAGUGAAUUCUGGAGUCUUGGAGAUGAUUUCACCACCAGCCUUUUAUUAUCCAUCUUUUUUAGACCUCAAGUUAAUGUUUGGGGACUCAGAAAAAAGAGUGAGGUGGAGGACCAAACAAAACCUGGAUUAUAGCUUCUUGAUGCUGUAUGCCCAAGAUAAGGGCAAGUUUUACCUGCAGCUAGAAGAUGAUAUUGUAGCCAAGCCAAGGUACGUUAUGGCAAUGAAGGAUUUUGCAAUUGCACAAACCUCUGAUUGGCUUGUACUUGAAUUCUCAAAGCUUGGUUUUAUUGGAAAACUGUUUAAAACCAAAGACUUACCUUUCAUAGUGCAAUUUUUAAUAAUGUUCUACAAAGAUAAACCCAUAGACUGGCUUUUGGAUCAUUUAUUCUAUGUGAAAAUAUGUAAUCCAGAAAGAGAUAAUAGUCACUGUGAGAAGGAAAAACAGAAGCUACGGAUUCAAUUUAAACCUUCUCUCUUUCAACACAUAGGAAGGUAUUCAUCACUGUCUGGAAAAAUACAGAAUUUGAAAGAUACUGAUUUUGAAAAACAUGAAUUAUAUAUAUCCCAUUCCAAUCCUCCUGCAAGUUUGCUUACUUCUUUAAAAACCUAUGAGAAAUAUUCUUUGGAAAAAGCUUAUCUUAGAAGAGGAAUUUUCUGGGCUAUCUCUCCAAAAGCUGGUGACUAUAUCCUCAUAAAGUUUAGUAACCCUUUGAAAAUAAAGGAGUAUAUUUUUAUAAGUGGAAAUGUUCAACAUCCUGGAGAUAAGCUGUUCUAUACCAAUGUAGAAAUUUUACCUGAAAAUGCAACAGAUUUUUUGUCAAAUUCGUUAAGAAAUGGAAAUAAAUUGGACUACGAAGCAACUGAUAAUGGUUUUUUUAAAAUAGAUACAUUUCAAAAUGGAAUAUCACAAGGAAUCGUGAAGCCUGAAGUAGGAAAAAUCAAGGCUUUUCGUUUAACUGUGUUGUCAGAUUCCCCUGUGUGGGCUAUAGUGAGUGAGAUAUUUAUCAAGCCAUAUUGACCCUAUAAACUACCAGGAGUCAAAUACACAGUAUUUCAGAAAUAUUUUUCUGAUAGACUUUCUUGGAAAUCAGACCAUCUAUUGUUGGAAACAAAUAAUUGUCUGGAAAUAAUUAUUGAAAAAAAGUCUUGCAAACCAGUGGACUUGUAAAUGUAAAGUUUGUAGUUGUUUGUGUGUUUGUUUGUUUGUUUUUUAAGAAAAAAUGGAACCUUUUAUGCAGAA